UGAAGAUACAAUUACAGAAUGUAUUGAUUUAUUUGAUUCUAAUAAUUAUCCUAUUCAAGUAAUAUUCCCAAAGAAUGGAGGAGGUUAUAUUAUUUAUUCACAAUGGAUAGAAAAGAGAUAUCACCACAUGAUGAUAAACUUUAUUAAAAAAGGAUAUGCAGUAAAUUUAUAUGAACCAGAGACAUGCCAAAGAAGAAGAGGAAAAUUUAUAAGUAGUGUUCCUCUUUUAAAUUUAUUCUCACUUGGAGAAUUGUAUACAAAACCAAAUAUUAUUAAAUAUGGUGAUGUUGAACAUAAAAUUACACAACCUUCAAUUGAAGUUUUUCCAAAAAAGAAAAUAAUGAAAAAUCCAAGAAAACCAACAGAAAUAGUAGUUUAUACAGAUUCAUAUUGUUAUUCUGCUUGUUCACUUGUUACAAAAGGAUUAAAAGAAUUAGGGUUAUCACCAACUGUUGUUAUUGAUGAUUCUAUUCCUGUAAUUUCACAUCUAUGGAUAAAAUAUUAUGGAUAUAAAUAA